AUGGCGUCAAAACUUGAGAACACUACCGUGGAUAGCACUGGGAAAGAGGAAGAAGCGACCGUCAUCUCCAUUCACUCAUCCGAGAGUGAGAAAAACCAGGACGAUCAAGAAACACAGCCCUUCAAGCACACGUGGAAACUAUGGUGCAUCUUCUCAGUCCUGUGUCUCUUUUCUUUCCUAUCCGCCCUCGAUGGUACCAUCAUCACAACCUCUCUUCCCACCAUCACUGGUGCAAUCGGCGGCAGUAGUGACGGUCUCUACGUCUGGAUAGCACAGUGCUUCAUCUUCUCAUCAACAGCACCUCAACCGCUGUAUGGGCAGAUUGCCAACAUCUUUGGACGCCGCAACCCAUUUCUUUUCGCCAUUGCUUUGUUCGCUCUGGGAAGUGGCAUCGCUGGCGGUGCGACAAGCCCAGCCAUGUUGAUCAGUGGUCGAACAGUGCAGGGUACUGGUGCGGCCGGCCUGUAUGUCCUUUCUGACAUCCUCAUCUGUGAUCUGGUUCCUCCGCGGUACCGUGGCCCAUAUCUCACUGCCGUUUUGUCCACCGCUGGCAUCGGAUCAACCAUUGGCCCUGUCGUCGGCGGCGCAAUGGCUCAAGAAAACUGGCGCUGGAUCUUCUAUCUGAAUAUCCCCAUCUCCGUAUUCGGCUUUAUCAUCAUGAUCCUUUUGCUCAAAGUCAACCACGUCCAGAGCGCAUCCUGGGCUCAAGCACUCGCGAAGAUCGACUAUCUCGGAGCACUCAUCUUCAUCCCAUCAUGCAUCGCCAUCUUCUACGCUCUCAUCACCGGCGGCGUCCAACACCCUUGGUCUUCAUGGCGCGUGAUCCUCCCGCUUGUUCUCGGCAUCGUAGGCUGGGCAGUCUACCAUGUCCAACAAGCACACUGCGCCAAUCCCAGUACGCCACCGCAUCUCUUUACAAAUCGCACAUCAGCGACUGGCUUUGCGCUCGUCUUCCUAAGCUCUCUCGCCAUGUACACAAUCUCGUUUUUCCUCCCAAUAUACUUUCAAGCGGUAAAGCUCCUCUCGCCCCUGACAUCCGGUGUGUACUACCUUCCAUUCGCACUCGCCAUCAUGCCAUUCGCUGGUGGAUCGGGGUGGGCGCUGAGUAAAUGGGGAAAAUACAUUCCGCUGCAUUACGCCGGAACAGCGCUCGUGGCAAUCGGCGCAGGUCUGUUUGCGACGCUUGACGAAAACUCGAGCCGUGCUGCGUACAUUGGAUUUCAAAUCAUUCCGAGCGCGGGUAUUGCGAUGAUCUACACUGCGACGCUACCGAGUACGCUUGCGCCGCUUGAUGAGAAGGACGUUGCGACUGCGACUGCGACUUACUCAUUCGUGCGAUCCUUUGGUUUUGUUUGGGGUGUUACGAUGGGCGGUAUUGUGUUCAACGGGCAAGUUAAUGCGCGGUUACACUUGGUACAGGAUGCGUCGCUGCGAGACUCACUGCGUGAUGGUGCAGCAUAUGCUUUUGCGGCCGGCCGAAGUAGUUUGAGCAGUAUGAUCGACCCUUCAAGCCAGUUGCAGGUUACUCAUGUCUACGCUAAAGCUUUGCGGGUGGUUUGGCUGGUGGUCAUGGCGGUUGGAUUGUUAUCAUUUGUGCUGGUGCCUGCGGAGAGAUCAAUAAGAGCUGAAGAAGGAGAAUAA